CGUAACAUGACGAAUUAAAGGAGUUACAAAAGUUUUCGUUUUCGAUGCCAUUUCAAGGAGUUUUCCAAUUUUAGGCUGCACUGCAAUCAGUAGCACGUCGGGCUAGGGGUGAGCUAGCGAACUUCAGAUAAAAAUCGAUUUGACAGAAAUGUGACAGUACACUGCGUUGUGGUGCUGUAACGAUUUUAGUAAUCUAUAAUUGUUCACGUCUUAUCAGCUAAGUAUAUUGAAAAAAUUCAACCUGAAUUCGCAAGCAUAAUAAUGUUGACAUUUGGAAUAAAGGUCGACAAUUUAUUAAAGAAAUUCGACAUAGAUUCGAUUUGGAAAAUUGAAUAUUGAUUGUCAUCAUCCAGCCACAUCAUCGACUACAUAAAUGAGAGAACCAGCGCAGAAACGGUUUAGUUUUGUACAACAUUCCUAUGUUGUCUAUGAAUGAGCCAACUAAAACGUCAAUUUGACAUUUGACACUCAAUGACAUUGACAAUCAACCAUAACUUUAUCGUAAAAUAAUGCCGCCAAAUUGACUUUGGCGAAGGUAUGACAAGUUUGGUAGCAACUACGUCCAUUUCAGCCGUCGACGAUAUCAACUUAAUAAAGGAAUUAAAUUGCUACAAGUAUCGCCAACGAAGACACGUCCUCAAAUCAAAGGAAAAUACCAUCAGACACAAAUGUAAUAAAGUUCUUAAACGAAAGUUAAGAAAGUACAAACUUAGACAAGAUGGGCAAGAAGAUCAGGAUAUAUUAGAUGUGUCGAAAAUACUAGUUUCAUCCCUAACUAUAAGGUCACCUAGUAAUAAAAAAGAUCCUUAUUUAUGUGAAGAUAGUGAAUUCGAAGUUUGGAGGCCUAAAAAUUACCUUUUCAAAAUGGUAAGGAGAAAGCCUGUAAAGAUUAAUGACACCUUGAAAAACUCCAAUACAGAGGUGGAUAUCCAAGAUGAUGUGAUCAUAGAUAGUCCUUUAGCUGUCAGCAGCCAGGAGAAGAAACAAACAAAUGCAUUCAAAUUGUUAAUGGAUUCUAGAAACAAGAGUCUUGGGUGUAAUUCUCCAGGCAAAGACAAAAGUGAUGAAAACAUUGAUACAACAGAAGUAAUAGAAAGAAAGAAUUUAAAGGUGAAAAGGCAAUUGUUACUCCAAAAAAUGGCUGAAGCAAAGGGAUCAUUGAAGAAUAAAGAAAGUGAAGAAUUUCAAGACAAUAUCAUUAAAGAGCAAAUGGAAAAGAGAGCAAAAAGAUUAAAAAGUAUGAUUUUUAAAGAAAAACCUGAUAAAGAAAGUAAAAUUUCUAAUGUGAAGUCAAAAAAGGAUGAAUUAAUUAAUUUGUCAUCAGAAGAUAACAAAGUUGCGAAUAACAACAACACAAAGAAAAAAAACAAGUCAAAUACAUUCAAGAUAGUUGAUAUAUUUAACACAGUGGAAGACAAUGCCAUCAUUAGUCCAGUAAAAAAAAGCAUAUCCAAAGAAGAUGAAGAUUUUCUAAGUAAGUUAUCACCUUCUUUGAAGAAAAAGGAAAGCAUGCUCAGUUAUUUUAAAAAAAUUGACAAAGAUACUGAAUGUUCUCCCAAUUCCGAAAAUGAUAACCUUAUAAAGGUCAAACUUCAACCUAGAAAUAAAAAAAAGAGUAAAAAGAAGAAAUUGAGCUUGAAAAAAGAUAGUUUGGAAGUAAUUGAUUUGUCGGGAGCUAUCAAAGAGCAAGAAGAGAAUGUUAAUGGAGAAGUCACCAAAAUAUUAGAAGACAAAGUUGUAGAUGAAGCAAUAAUUAAUAACAAAGUAAAUGAAUUCAACCAAAUUCAACAAAAAUCAAAAGACAAAACAUUAGCUACUAUCAGUGUUAAUAUUCCAGACAAUACAUUGGAUAAAAUGAUCCUCAAUGUGAAUUGUGACAGUGAUAAAGUUAAUAAUGAAAGUCAGAAGCGAAAAAGAACUACAAAACUUGAUAUGAAACUUGAUUCUGAAAAUUCAAAGACUACCUUUAACAAUGACAGCAGACCAAAGAGGUCAGUAAAGAGACCUGUAAAAUAUGUCGAUGAUGCAUGUCUGUCUAGCUCUGAUGAAGACUUGCACAUUUUCACCCCAAAAAAGAAGAAGCACAUUGACAGUGCAAGUGAUAAAAAACCAGUUUGUGUAAUGACUGAUCGGCCUCCCGAUGAACUCAAACCUGUAAAACCUAAAGCAGAAAAGAAAGUAGAGAAGGUCCUCAAAGAUGUGACUUCAAAGAAACCAACCAAACUGGCUCCCAUAUUUACAUCUAAGCAAACUGAUCCUGCGGCUUUGGAAGCUAAACAAAAAUUUUUACAAAGUGGGGUGCCAGAUAAAUUGAAAAAGCAAAUUCAACAACAGAAAGUUAACUCUAUUCCAGAAAAUAGUUUUCCUGUUGUUGUUCAUGUGCAACAAAGUACUGCAACAAGUGAAGAUAAUCAACUUGUUAUAAAAAUACCUUUAAUGAAUACUGAAACUGAAGAAGACUGUACAUUAUCUUAUGAAAAUAGUGAAAUACAGAAACUGGUUACUAUAAAUCAGGAUGUCAGUUAUUACAGUGUUGAUACUAAAAGCAAAAAGAGUACACAGGCGAUGUUACAGACAAUAAAGAAGAUGCAUCCAAAGUUCCCAGUGUACAGAACAUAUCGGUAUUUAAGGAGUAAAGGAAAGGGAGAAAUUAAAGACUGUAGUUAUGUAGAUGUAGAUAACAGUAUUGAAGUUUUGGGUGAUAUGGUUGAUGUUAUAAAUGACAGUCCUGACAGACUCAAUUGGACUGACAAAUACAAAGCUAUAACCACAAAACAAAUUAUUGGUAAUUUUGAGACUUUAAAAGAAUUAAGAAGGUGGUUAAUAUUAUGGACAGAGAAUCAAAUUAAAUCAAAGGCUAAGGGUAAGGCUAACUCAGAUAGCUCAGACUAUUAUGAGUCUGAACCUGACAGCAGAGACAGUAUUAAAUCAACAAACAAUCUUUUGAUACUUGUGGGUCCUACAGGGUGUGGUAAAACAGCAAGCAUUUAUGCUGUAGCUGCAGAUUUAGCCAUGAAGGUUAUUGAAGUUAAUGCUAGUAGUAGAAGGACAGGUAAAAUCAUGUUACAAGACUUACAGGAGGCAACACAAUCACAUAAGGUUAACAGAGGUACAGGAAAUUCAGACAAUAGUCAGAAGUCCCAAGAAAAACAACAAACAGAUUUGCCAAAACAUAGUAAGAAACGAGGUAGGCCAAAAAAGACUAUUGAAGAAGAGAAAAGUAAAGAACCAAUUGUAAAAAAUGAAGUCUUAAGUGGUACUACACUAAGCCAAGAGAGUACAAGAACAGAUUCUUCACUUAUACUUAUUGAUGAUGCAGAUAUUGUUUUUGAUCAGGAUGAUGGUUUCACAUCAGCCAUAAUGCAGUUGGUACAGAGCUCAAAAAGGCCUGUAAUUUUAAUUACAUCAUCGUUAGUUUGUCCACAUUUGCAAAGGUUUCUACAUAAUGCAAAAAUACUGAAGAUGAGUCCUCUUCUGCCUAGAAUUCUUGGGACAUGGCUAGACAUCAUGUGCCUAGCAGAUAGUGGAAUGUGUUGGCCAGGUGUUGGGGCUAAAUUCUUGAAUUAUUUUAAAGGAGAUAUAAGAAAAACCAUCAACUACCUGCAAUUCUGUCUACCUAAAGUUGCUUCUUCAGAGGAAGAAGCUGCUUCACAAAAUGUUGAUUUGUACAAGAAUCACAUUGAUGAAGAAAGCUCAUGUAUGUCUUGGGCAGAUAAUGAUGAUGCAGAAGGUAGAACUAGUGCACCUGGAGAUGUGGAUGUAAAUACAAUUUGGACUGUAUUUGCUUCUAAACAUUCGAAUUUAAUAAACUUAACAUAUCCAGCACAAUUAUUUAACACAUGGUGGAGUAUGCCAUCUCUCUUAACAUCUGCACCUACUAUUGAUCUCCCUUCACAAAAAUGCAAUAAUGUUCAAAAGAAAAAGGCUAGUCUUGAACUGGAAGCAAUAGCAAAUGCUGCUGAUGCUUUCUCAUUAUCUGAUUAUUACAGUCAUAUUAAUCAAGACACUGAAAGAAACAUUACAUCACAACCCUGGUAUUGUCCAGAGAGUCACAGUGUAUCAGAACGAGAGAACCCUGACCGAUAUCACAAGGAAUAUGAAAUUAUGAGUGAUAUUUGUCAUACAAUUUUGACUGGUUCUAUUGCAACAGCUCAAGAUGUUCUAAGCUGUGACAGAAAAACAAACAUUAGUUCUCCUGGAAUGUUUUUAAACAGACAAAGAGACCGGGUGGUAUCGAGGCACAAUAGUUUGACGAGCUAUUUGAACGCGUCAGCAGUGUUGGACAGGCGGGCCCUUGCAUUGGACUAUUGGUCUUCUUGCCGAACUAUCUGCAGGCUUGAAAAGUCCAAGAAUGACAGCAACACGAAGAGAAACAAUCGUUUCUGUCACUAUCUGAAAUCCCUAAGUGUUCUUUGUAAAAGUGAUACUUUUGAUAACCUCUGUGACAGUUUAUGUUCUAAUGAAGGAACUGAAUUAAAUAUCAAUAAUUUUAAUGAAUGAUAGAUAAUGUAAUGUGUCUAUACAAUGUUCCCGGUACUUGUAAUAUAUUUAAUAUUAAUUUUAGUUCAAUAAAUAUUAGUUGUUCUAUUAGUUUUUAUAUUAUUUUUGUCUUAGUUUAGUAGUUAGAUUUUCCAAAUGCAUGGACGAAUGAAAAUUGCAUAAGAUCAAGUUAAGAUUUGUUAUUAUUUGUACUAGAAUUCCAUGGUUACUUUUUUAUACUAUAGUCACACUUUUUAAAUGGUUGCUAAAAUACUAAUUUAUAAAAUUAUUUUAAUAUUAUGAUUGAUUUUGUUAUUGUAUUAUUCUUGGUACACUCACUCUGCUAUACAAAGAGCACGAACCCUGAUCAUGUAUCAAUUGUACUGAACAAAUACACAUAAUUACGCAAGAUUCGAUAAUAUAGUUAUUUUUGCCCAUGUUGCUAAAAUUAAAAUUGUUUUUCGAAGAACUUAAGUCCAUUUAUCUCUUGGUAACUGGCACCUAUUCCUGUUAUGUCUGUCUGUGAACAAAAUUAAUGCUUUAUCACGUAUGCAGAUAACAAUAUCUGUAAAAUAACAAAUUUGUCUUAAUUUUUUUUUGUUUUUAUAUGUAAUUAAUUACUUGGUAACAAGUUAGUUAUAAAAACAUGUUUUUAAUAUAUAAAUUAAAAUA